UUGAGUGGGAAAUGGUCUAUUCUCGAAGGAAAUGGUUUUAGGAAAUAGUACAAUACAAUAUCUUUGGUCAUUGAAAACACAAACUAAAUAGAGAUAAUUGGAAAUGGAAUUCGCUUUUCAUUUGCUUUGCUCUUUGCUUAUAUCGUUUCUUUCAAUUUCUAAGUAGUUCUAAAUAUCUUACUUAGCUAAAUGAUGUAAGAUAACGACUAUUUAUUGAAUUUUAAUUUACAAUCAAUUACAUUUGAAAUAAAUAAACAAUGUCGAUGUUCCGAACAUGUAUGGAUACUCAGAGAAUUCCCAAGAGGAAAAAACAAGCUGGAGAUUUAUAUAGCUGUGAAAUCUGCGAAGAAGGAGCUUGGAUGAGCGAAACUGAAGUGGAGAUUCACAAGAAAUACAAACAUGAUAAGCAUAUUUUAAAAACAAUUAAAGACGGUCAAUUCGUUUGUUCGAUCUGUGUUAAGGAGCACAAAAAUGAAAUUUCUCUGCUACAACACAUUAAGACUGUUCAUUUGCUGAGCUCAGAACAUGCUGAAUGCGUUGAGAGACAAAUCUUCAUAUGCGAUGUCUGCUGCAAGAUAUUUUUCAACAAAUACCUCCUAGAACUGCACAUUACACGGAAACACAAUUGUUUGAUUUCCAAAGACCAUAGACUCGAAUGUCCGAAAUGUCAAAGGCGAUUUAAUAGAUAUGGCAUGUGGGGACAUAUGGAAUACCAUCAGAUAUCAAGCGUCUCGACCUGCCCCAUCUGUCUAGACAAAUUCCCGAAUAGAAAAGAACUGAGUGAUCACAUACGGAAGCAUAUUAGAUAUCUGUCUUGCGAUCUUUGCCCGUUCUCGACGAAAUUAGAGGAGAAAUUUUACAAGCACUUGAAGAACCACAGAACGGGUCUCGCUAAGAGCGAUGAGGAUUUAACGAAGUAUUUCGUUCCAAAAUUCAAAACGAAACAAGCGUACAAGUAUGUUAUACAGAACGUCACGAGGGGAUUAACUCUGACAGAUAAUGUUCACAUUUGUAUCGUGUGUCGCAGAAUAUGUGUUGAUUUGAAAGAAAUGCGAUCACAUUUGAGCGAGGGACAUAAUGCGUGUGUGGAUGAUAGGAACAAGAAGAAAGCUCAUGUGUGCGUUUGUGGUCAGAACUUUUUUAACAAUGUAUUACUGAAACAGCACGUUUUCAAGGAGAAGGGGAAUCAUCGCGUUUUAGAUGAAUGCAACGUAGAAGUGGUAAACCAGCCUAGUACUUUGACAGUACAAUUAGAACCAGAGUGUGUGUCAAUGGUAGAACCGGAGAGUGGGACUUGUAUUGACGUUUCCGAACCAGACUGUGGGACUCGUGUUACCGUUUCUGAAUCAUACCGUGGGACCAUUUCUGAACCGGACAGUGGGACUUGUGGGACCAUUUCUGAACCGGACAGUGGGACUUGUGGGACCGUUUCUGAACCGCAAUGUGGGACCAGUGAGGAAGAGUCAUAUCCCAGGAUUGAGAUUCUCGUGGCGGAAUUGGACCCAGAAUGUGAGUCUCGUGUGGCAAGUGAAGAUGAAUGUAGGCCUUGUGUGACAGACACUGAAAUGGAGGUUGAUACAAAUGUGACAGAAUCACAUAAUGAGGCGUAGUUAGAAAUGUGCUUCAGAAGCAUACAAAUAAUAAAAUGUAAGGUAACAGAGAGCCAUUCAUAUACAUAUAUAGUCACGUCUUUAUCCCUGACGGGGUAGGCAGAGCCCACUAUUUCGAAGUCUGGAUGACGUUCAGCUGCAAUUACUGAUGGAAUUGAAAUUUAGAUAAUGACAGGUUGACAGGCUAGCCCAUCGCCUAAGAAGAAUAGAAUAGAUUUAUUUUCAAAAUUGGAUAUAAGGUAUCACUUAUUGACGUCACAUAACUUAAAUCUAAUUAUAACUACUACCGCUUCCAAAGCGCAUGUGUAGAAGAAGCGGCGGAACAAACUACACUGCAGCAUUUUUAUCGGACUUCAAUUUACAAAUAUAGAUCUCUUAAAUCUAAAUCGUGGACGAGCAACACAUUGCCUACAUUAAAAAACAUGAAUGAAUGUAGAACUAAUUAUGUCAAUACGAAUAUUUCGUCAAAUAAAAUAAAAAUAAAGAUAAAAUAAAAUAUGUACAUACUGUACAAAUUAUGUCAAGACCAUGUCAAAAAUACACAAGCAUUUAAGAGGCCAUUGUGUCAAGCGCUCUCGAAUCUCAAGUUUAUAAGCCGUUCCCUUAUUCGCCUAUUACGACAUCCAUGGGAAAGAGAUGGAGUGGUUCUUUUCCAAAGUGCCUUCUAUAGUCUCAUGUUGUCAAUUGAACUGGAAUCUGAGAUAAGGUGGAAGUAUACUAAAUCGAAAAUUAUCGAGGCGUAGUAAGAAAGAGUAUGUUAUCACUGGCAAAGAAACACAAGUACUCAAUCCCCGUAGUAUGACAGCGCGACGCUGUUUCUAUCGCGCGAAAAACGAACGCUGUUUCGCUUUUUUAUUCGUUAUGUGGCGAAAUCUAUACCUACGCCAAAAGGCACAAAAAUAAAAAAAUAAAUUCACGCGAUGCUAUCAGACAAAAACAGCGAACAACCUAAAUCGCGCAAGCAAAGAGAUCACGGAUUGGAGCUGUAUAUACAACCUCCGACACAAAAUCGUCGGAGCCGCGGUUCCCCAGGCAUAAUGAUAUUAAUAAUUUUAGACAAAUUGUAAAUACAAGGCCAUGAGCUACCCGCAACAAAGUACAAAUACUUCCACAGAGUAAUUCAAACCUUGUGUCAUAUAGUCGAACAAUAUAUGUGUUGGGACCAAAACUAUACAAUAAUCUACCCGACAGUAUUAAAGAUCAGAAUAUCAAACAAUUCAAGGCUAGAUUACAAAAAAAUUUAAUUGAAAAAUGUUAUUAUUCAUUAGAGGAAUUUUUUAAAUGAUAAAAUUAUGUAAUAAAUGUAGCAAUGAUAUUUUAUUUUUAUGACAUUUGGAAGUAUUUCAUUGACUGUAUCAUAUUUAAUUUGACAUUUAAUGAAUUUGACUUAAUUUUUUUCAAUUUAAUUAAUUUAUAUUUUUUUAUUAAUAUUAUAAUUAGACAAACUUAUUACUAUUAUUUGACAUUAUUAAGGUAAAAUGAUAACAAUUAGACAGAGCCUAUAUACGCUGCUUAUUUAAGAUAUACCUAUGUACAUUAUUCCGACGCCUUCAAAGGUAGAAUGUGUGUUAACAGAAACUGUGCUUGAAUACUUGAGACCUUUGUAUAUUGUGAACAUAUUCAAGGAAUAAAUAAAUGAUUAAACACCUAGCCUGGCGGAAGAUCUUCCCUUUGGUGGCGGUCGAGCCGAAUCAUCGCUCCCGCUACAGUUACAUACCCACAUAUAAUCACGUCUAUAUCCCUUGCGGGGUAGACAGAGUCAACAGUCUCUAAAAGACCAAAGGCCACGUUCAGCUGUAACAUCUUAAUGAUAGCAUCAAGAUUCAUAUAGUGACAUGUUGCUGGCCCGUCGCCUAAAAGAAUAUCCCUUAAUCGGAUUUUACGACACCCAUGGGAAAGAGAUGGAGUUGUCCUAUUCUUUUAUCUACUUGUGCCGGGAACCACACGGCACUUAUUAUUUGUUAUUUACGUGGAACGGGACAGUUAGAUAAUUUUUCGCGCGAUAAAUACGGCGUCGCGCGUGUAGCUGCUGGGGCAGAAAAGCAACGGUUCCGGCAUGUUCUUUUAUUUAAAUUAAUCGUUAUUUUUAAUUGUAUAAAAUUAUUGUGUUUAAUAUAAUAUAAUUCUAUUCUAACUUAUGGUGUAUCAUUUUAUAAUUCGAGUAAAAUUUUAACAUCAUUUUAUAUUACGGCGGAUAAAAAAA